GGUUCCUGCCUUCACUCUCCCAUUUUUACCGUACUUUUUUACUUUGCGACAUCCACCAUGGACGACGAAGUCAACGACAUUAAACAAACCAAUCGCAAUUAUAUCUUAGCAACUUGUGCUGCUUUGGGUGGAUUUGAAGAUAAAGAAGUUAGUCCUGGCGAAUUCCAAAAGGUGUACAUGCUAGGCGAUGAAGCCCUUGGCUGUUUGAAGGAUUUGAAGCGUGCUAUUCGUGCCGAAAGCCAAACACCUUAUAAAACGUUUCUGCCUGCCAUUGCCGAAUUUAAUUUGAUCGAAACCGAUCUUAUACCCAUUAUCUUGCUCCAUGCGCGUGAUUCGUCCGAUCUGGCUGAGCGUUUUAUUCUUGCUUGUGUUGAAUUACUCGUUCCCAUGACAUGGCCCAUACAAUACGAUGACGAAGAAGAUCUUGAGAAUUACGACCCAAACUUAGUGGACCGAUAUCGUCGUUACAAACUUGCUCUUUUAGCGCCACGUGUUUUCGAAGCAAUCACAGGCCUAGUAACAGGUCCUCUAAGCAUCCCUUACCGCGAACGUUCGAUUCAUGAUCAAACAGUGAUCCGCCUUGUCCUUUACUUUUUCCGCAAUAUCACAUCUAUUCCCGACUUGAAUGCUUCACAGGAUUCAACAGAAGAAACUCUGCGAUUGGCUUAUAUGCAGCAAAAAACAGUAUUACGGUUUCACGAGACAGGGAUCAUGGAUCUGCUACUGGCUAUUGCGUCCAAUAGUGGUGAGCCGGACGCUGCAGAAUGGAAUGUCAUUGUACUGGAAAUCAUGUACAAUCUAUUACGGAAUGUGAGCCCCAAGGAUGUAUUUACCGGUAGCUUUGAUGAGGAGAAUGACAAUACCAAUAUGCUUUCAGACAAACUGGCAAAUUUGCUUCGAGAAGAAAAUCGAGUCAAGCGGAUUAAAACACAAAAUCAACCUACGAGACACAAUCGAUUUGGAGGCAGUUUUGCCAUCAAAGGCUGGGAUGGAAACACUUUGGUGUCGCACAAACCUGAUGCUGCAUAUGCCGAUCUUAGUUCACUUCUCAAUGUAAAUAAAAAGGAAGAUCGAAGGGGACAAAAGCGAAAGGAAAUGGACGAAAUCAAUGUGCGCAAGACAUAUAUCAGCAGCAUCGCAUUGAAGAAUUUAAAAGAUAUGGCACAGACAUUUAUUGAUGCUGUGUUUAAUGAAUUUUAUCUGUCAUUGAUCAAGGAUAUUGAGCGAGAAGAUCCGAAAUUUCUCGUCAAGGAUCAUGUGCACUUUUUCCACACUAUGAGAUGGUUCUUGGAAUAUUUUAGUUUCGAAAAGGAUGCUGCAAACAGAAAAGCAGAAGAAGAACGACAAAAACAGAAAGAGAAGGAUGGCGUAUUCAACAAUGGUGAAUUACUCUUACCACGACGGAUGACAACUGAUUCCGGCGGGCCCGGUGGUUUGGUUGGUUCAUUCGCUGACAUAGCAGAAGGAAGUCAACAACAACAACAACAACAACAGCAACAACAGACAGAAGAAGAACAGAAUGGAGUUGAUUAUGAUCAAGUGGCAAGUGCUAUGGAUUUACGAGCGUUUAUGGUCUGCUUACGGUGGAUGCGAACGGCAAUGGAUCAAAAAUUAUGGUUACACGUUCAAGUUGCUGCGGAUAAUUUCAGACAGUUGCUUGUGACAGUGAAUGCCAUGUCAAAGGCACCACAAGAAGAGUUCCGGGAAGUCGCCGAGUAUAUCCAAAGCAACAUAUAUCACGAGCACGCCACAUUAGACCUCUUUAUCGAUCUGAUCCGCAAGUAUCUCGAGAGUACGGUCAAGCUGACGCAUGUGAUGUUGAAAUUACUCGAGCAAUAUUCCCAAAAGAAUCAAGUGAUGUUUGUUCGUAAGAAGAAAAAUACCAAGGCAAAAAUAUCUUCAGAUGGACAAGAGGGAUCCGGUGUUGAAGGACGCGCAGCAGAAUCAAAUGCUGCAGCGUAUGGUAGUGGAGACAGCGACGAUGAGGAGGAUGAACGAGAGCAAGAGUUGGCAUACAGAGAGCAUAUUUUCAAGUUCCAGUCAUUUGAAAAGAAAUACUUUACGUCUGAUGUUGUUCGAGUAUACUGUGUUCUUCUGGAACGAUUUGAAAUGCUGUCACCGGAAACCCUGCAUUGUAUCACAAGCUUAUUCCAUCGUAUCAUGGUCAAACGAGAAGUCGAACAUGUAUUUUUCAAGAUUAACGUUCUGGAGCUUUUCAACCGGAUUGUCGGUACUUACCCAUCCUUACCGAAAACUAGUGCUAUGUCUGAAUUAGUACACUUUAUACGUUACUGUACUCGACGAUUCUUUAAAAAGGCUGAAGAGUACCCUCUGCUCUUUGUAGAAAUCUUAUUCGCCAACCCGAAAACCAGGAAGGGUUCACGAAUUCAAUCGUAAAUAAAUAAAACCUGUAGAUACUUUGAAAAACAACACCACCAUUACUUCACUACCAG